UAUAAUAUAUAUAUAUAUAUAUAUUCAAUUCAAUCUGAAAAACAUCUCUGUCCGCCGGAAACGGCCAAACGGUGCCCAUCACCUGCAAGGAUUCCCUCUCUCUCUCUCUCUCUCUCUCUCGUGAUCUCAUCACUUAUCCCCACCGCACAAAAAUGCAGAAGAAGAUACAAAAAAAGUCAAAUAUAAAAAUGGAAGCGCCAGUAAUUAUGGAGAUGAUACAAAGGAGUUGAAUUGGGGAAGCACGCAAUGACCGACCAAAGCCCAAUGAAAGGCUUGUUCUCUCUGCAACGAAUUUAAUUACCCUUUUCUCCUCGGACUCCGAUCCCAACACCAUUAAAGCUGCCUGCGACCUUCCAUUCAUUUCUUUAGACAGGAGAGAGUGAUCAGGCGGGCUCCGAGGUUUUGUUCUCUGUGACCACUCACAGUCGGCGGGAAGGGAUCGAGGAAGCUUGGUUUCACUUGCUCUGAAACCCAGCUUUAAAAGGAUUGGAGGAUUUUAGCGAGUGGGGCAGAAUCUCCUUCAUGGCUGGUAUGGAAGAUGAUGAAUCCCAUGCGCAACCACCGGGAAGAUUGUCUGUCUUUUAUUAUGGUGCUGGGCACAUGCUCAAUGACAUUACUGCAGCUUGUUGGUUCACUUACCUCCUACUGUUCUUGACAGAUAUAGGACUGUCCCAUAGAGAUGCUGCUGUCGUUAUGCUUUCUGGUCAAGUAGCUGAUGGACUUGCCACAGUAUUUUCUGGUGAACUAAUCGACAGGUUUGGACAUUUCAAAAUUUGGCAUGCUUCAGGAUCAAUAUUAGUUGCCGUUUCAUUUUCUUCUGUCUUUGGCGGUUGCCUCCCUUGCAAAAUCUUUUCCAGUGAUUCAUCGGCUUUGGAGACAAUUGGUUAUAGCAUCUUUGCAGCAAUUUUCAAUGUGGGUUGGGCUGCUACACAAGUGUCACACAUGUCGAUGAUAAAUUGUAUCACGCUACACUCAACAAGCAGGGUGGUCCUUGCUAGUUGCCGCAAUGCUUUCACAAUGGUUGCCAACCUCAGCCUGUAUGCUGUGGCUAUUGUAGUAUUUACUGUCACCAAGGCAAGUACUCCUAUGGAUAUCGAAAAUCAGUACAGAUGGAUUGCUUAUUUGUCAAUAUUUAUUGGAUGCUGCUUUGUGCUGAUAUUUCUUCUGGGAACAAAGGAGCCAAGGCUGAAAUUUAGUGCACAUGGGAGCUGUAAUGCAAGGAUUUCGUGGACGUACUGGUUCAAGAAAGUUUUGUACUACCAGGUUGCUCUUGUUUACGUGUUAACAAGAUUAGUUGUCAAUGUUUCUCAGGCAUAUCUUGCUUUCUUUGUUAUCAAUGAUCUGAGGAUGGCUCAAUCAGCAAAAGCUUUGGUGCCUGCCAUUAUUUACAUCUGCAGCUUCAUUAUAUCUAUCAUCUUUCAGGAAAUCGCCUGGACUAGUCGGCGUCUUAAGGCCUAUUAUUCUGCUGGAGCUAUCAUUUGGAUGUUCUGUGGAGCCGGCAUCUUCCUUUUACCAUACAAUUUGAGUGGCCUUAUGUAUAUAAUAGCAAUUUUUAUUGGCAUAGCUAAUGCCCUGAUGAUGGUGACGGGAGUAAGCAUGCAGAGUGUUCUGGUGGGUGAAGAUCUGAAUGGGUGUGCAUUCGUUUGUGGGUCCUUAAGCUUUUUGGACAAGAUAUCGUGUGGGAUAGCUUUGUACAUACUUCAAUCGUAUCAAAGUUCCGCUCCGAGAACAGAAGGAAACCUUUCAAGUGACGUUUUCAUUUCGAUCACAAGGUUUGGCUUUGGACUCGUGCCGGCCUUCUGCUCACUUCUUGGGGCGGCCACUACAUACACGAUGGAGUUCCCUGCAUACGCUUCAAAACCUCUUGUCGAGCCCCUGCUGGAGUAGUACUCUCUCCAAAGGGAGCCGGUAGAUUUUCUUUCCAUAUUCAAACACGAGAAGAGAUGGACAGUCAUGUGCAUACAAUCUUUAGAAGCCAUUGCUGGAAGUGAUCUCGCUGGCGGCGAAAUUUGUGUACGCACCCAGCGGGUGCAUUAGUCAUUAAGCAACUUAGCUUUAGAAGGCACGCAUAGUUUUACGAGGUUCCUAGGGAUUGUACCAAACAAGGACUGAUAGAAUUUCAUCAGAUUCUUUGGUAGGUCGUGUUGUGCAUAUUGGAAAUUCGUUUGAAUGUUCAUAAUCAUAUUUGUGUAACUCGUACUGCAUACAGCAACACUGCGAAAGAUUAUAGGAAAGCCUGUAUCUUACGGUCAAUGUCAAAGUCCAUUUUCCGGAAA